AUGUACCAAGCCUUAGUGGACUCCAACUCCUUAUUCAAGAAGACUCGUCUUCGUUCUUUGUAUUCCAACUUUGAUCAGUUAAAAGAGCUGAAUCCUGAUGGUUAUGAAGCGAAUAUUUUGGCAUGGAAGAAGUUAAUUAAUCAGAUCAUUGAGUCUCAGGAUGGUGUUACCCUUGAUACCUCUAAUUUAAUCGAAGAAUUGAGCAUUUCUGCAGACAUAAACAACACGAUAGAUGCAAGAAUAAUUUUAAAGCCAUUGUCUAUCGAUACUGUUAUUAAUGAAAUUUGUAAUGAUCCCACAGACAAAAAGUUGAUUCAAUUGAAGGAUUUCAACAACUUGGAAAAAUCAUUGUACGAUGAUUCUUUUCUAUCAAAUAUUUCAGUUAAAAAUUCACUUUUCUGGGUGUUAUCCAAGUCUGGCUUAUACAGCACACAAGUUAACGUAACUGCUAAUAAAGAAAAAACCGGAAACUACUUGGUCGGUACUAAGUUUGUGUCAAUUCCUAAGUUGGAACUGUUGAAGGAUAAAAUUCUUUCUAAGUUGAAACUGCGGAAAUCCUCAGGUGAUAGUACACCUAUCUUCACCAAGAGUGAAUUAUUAGAACUACUUAGUGAGAAAUACCAUUUUUCUGAACUUGAUAGCGAAAUUUUCUUGAAAUAUUUGUCGAGAGAUACAAAUGAUAUUCUUAUCCAGAUCGACCCAAUAAUAACAAAAGAGAACGAGAAAAUAGAAAUUCCUGAUCCUGUCAUUAAGAUAAAAACAAAUGAAAAUGUAACUAUCACUGUUGAGGAUGUUGCUACUGCUCAAUUAAAAGCCAACAUAAAGCUAACUAACAUGAAAAUCAACAAUCUUACGGUUAAGGUGGAAUCAUAUGAGACAAAGGUUCAAAAUCUUAUUAAAAAUAAAUCAACAAAUCGUGAAUAUCUUAAACUUUUGCUUAGAACAAAGAAGUCAAUAGAAAGUGCUUUGAUUCAUGCUACAAGCAAUUUGAAUAAUUUGGAAACUUUGCUUUCCAAUAUCCAAUUGCAAAGUGGUAAUGUUCAAGUCCUUCAACUCUUGAACAACUCUAAGACUAUUUUGAAAGAUUUGAAUAAUGAAUUGAACAUUGGUAAGGUUGAUACAUUAAUGGAGGAAAUUAGCACUGAAGUUGGCAAGGUCAAGGAGAUCAACAGCACAUUGACCGAAUUCAAUGAUAUGAAUAAUACCGUGAUUGAUGAAGAAGAAAUUGAUGAUGAAUUGGCAGAAUUGGAAAGAGAUGAGGCUCGCAAAGAACAAGAAAAGAAGAAGCAAGAAGAGUUCGACGAUAAAGAUAUGGAGCAAAAUCUUAUUGAUAGAUUAGAGAAGUUGAAGGUGAAUAAAUCAUCUUCCAGACUUGAUACCACCUCCAGAAGAGAGAAGGCGAAAAAAAAAGAGAAGAGAACCGCCCUCAGUGCUUAG